GCGGGCUGCAUCCUGCGCCGGCCCCAGGCUCUCCCGCGGGGCGGAAGGCCGGGCGGCGGGGACCCGGGCGGCAGAGUGUGCGGCCGCCCCCGGCCCCGAGCGUCGCGCAGGCGGACGGACGGGCCCGGGAUCCCGAUGAGAAAAUUGACCGGAUUUGAGCCCCAUCCCUGGUCCUUCCAGAGGCAAUGAGUGAUUUCUCUGCUGCAUAAACUGCUCUUAACCUUUCUCCUAAGUCAGAUGUUAGAUGCCCUGGAACUGGAGUUACAGACAGUUGCAAGCUGCCAUGUCGGUGCUGGGAAUUGAACCUGGGUCCUCUAGGAAAACAGCCAGUGCUCUUAACUGCUGGGCCAUCUCUCGAGCCAUUUAAAUUUAUUUCUAGAAGAUGAAGUAAAAGAAGACCCUGAAGUCUGAGUAGAGACUGGUUUGGCCGUGGCUGCACCUGGAUAAACAAUCUGCUUCCUUUUGAAUGAGAGCACUCCAAACUGUGGUCCCCUGGGCUCUCUUCAUAUUGCUGUGGUGCAGAAGAUUUAAAAUCAGCCCCAAACUGUGCAAGCAGCGGCGACUCAACGGUUACGCUUUCUGUAUCAGACACGUUCUGGAAGACAAGACCGCCCCCUUCAAGCAAUGUGAAUAUGUGGCCAAGUAUAACAGCCAGCGCUGUACCAACCCCAUUCCCAAAUCAGAGGAUCGUAGGUACUGCAACAGCCACUUGCAGGUACUUGGCUUUAUCCCGAAAAAAGAGCGGAAGAAAAAGAAUGAUCCGGUAGAUGAGGUGAAGGUCAGGCACCAGAUGGAUGCCAUGGCGUUUAGCCUGACAGUGCCUACGCUGGCCUUGAAGAUGCCCAAUGGACUGGAUAGCAUGUCCCUCUCUCCACCUGGGUCAAGAGUCCCUCUCCACUACCUGGAAACGGAGCUCGAAGAUCCCUUUGCUUUCAAUGAGGAAGACGAUGACCUAAAGAAAGGGGUGGCCGUGAGAAAGAAGUUGCAGAGCAAGUUGGCUCAGAACCGGCAGCGCCAGAGAGAGACAGAGAUUUUGAAAGUUCAUCAAGAGCACUUUAGCACCCCUCCUGCACCUCCACAGCAGCACGCCCACUUGUCACCUCUCUCCACUUCUGUAACGCCUCCAGCGCCACCGCAGGGUUCAGUCUGCAAGUCACCUCAGCCUCAGAACACCAGCCUACCAAUGCAGGGAGUGGCCCCCACCACACACUCUAUAGCACAAACAAGGCAGGCCUCUAACAAGAGGCCUCUGUCCCUCCUUCCAUCCAGUCGGGCUCCCAUCUCAGAUGUCCCCAGGACUGACCGAAUCCUCAUGAAAGCCACCGCCUUCUCUCCACACUUGUCCUGUAUAAGCCGACUGCAGAGACUGGUGAAACUGUGCACCCAAAAGCAUCAGCUGGACGCAGACCUGUUCCCUCACCUAGGGUUGGACUGGUCUGAGGAGAGCGGAGAAGAGCCGGAGGACUCCGAUCAGGCCUCACCGUACCAGGUCGCAUGGUCCAUCCGAGAAACACUCAGAUAUGAAAGACACACGUCGGAUGCCGAUGACGGGGAGAGCAGGAGCUCCAGGGUGACCCAACUUUGCACUUAUUUUCAGCAGAAAUACAAGCACCUCUGCCGCCUGGAGCGGGCAGAGUCUCGACAAAAGAAAUGCCGGCACACUUUGAGAAAAGCGCUGCUGCAGGCAGCCAGCAAAGAGCCCGAGUGCACUGGCCAGUUGAUCCAAGAACUGCGGAGAGCUGCCUGCGGUCGAGCCAGCUGCAGCCAGACCAAGUUGAAGGAGGUGGAGCCAGCAGCAUGCAGUGGAACAGUGAAGGGUGAACAGUGCUCCAACAAGGCCCUUCCCUUCACCAGACAUUGUUUCCAGCACAUCCUCUUGAACCGCUCCCAGCAGCUCUUCUCCAGCUGCACGGCCAGGUUUGCGGACGGACAGCAGUGCUCUGUGCCGGUGUUCGACAUCACUCACCAGACGCCCCUGUGCGAAGAACAUGCCAAAAAGAUGGAUAACUUCUUGAGAGGAGAUAACUCCCGUAAAGUUCAGCACCAGCAACCGAGGAAACCUAGGAAAAAAACGAAGCCCCCUGCACUUACCAAAAAACACAAGAAGAAGAGAAGGCGUGGACCUCGUCGACCCCAGAAACCAAUUCCCCCUGCAGUGCCCCAAGGGAACCUCAGCAUGCCCACCAGCGUCUCACUGCCAGUGGAGGCCUCGCAGAUCCGUAGUCCUUCCACGCCAGAGCUGAGUGCCGACGAGCUGCCGGAUGACAUUGCCAACGAGAUGAGUGACAUUCCGCAUGACUUAGAAUUGAGCCAUGAAGACUUCGCGGAUGUCCUGCCACGGUUGCCUGAUGACUUACAAGAUUUUGAUUUUUUUGAAGGAAAGAAUGGAGACCUCCUCCCGACCACCGAAGAAGCUGAGGAACUUGAGCGGGCCUUGCAAGCUGUAACUUCUCUCGAGUGCCUGAGUACAAUUGGGGUACUUACCCAGUCAGACGGUGUGCCAGUUCAGGUGUUGUCAGAUAGAGGAAUGGGGGUGUUCUCCGCGGGUACUGAUGCUUCGGGAAUCCAGUCCUUGAGUCGAGAAGUGAACACGGACCUAGGGGAGCUGCUGAAUGGACGCAUGGUCCACGACAGCUUCUCUAGUCUGGAGCUGGACGAGAACCUCCUCCGUUCCGCUAGCCUGUCUAACCCACCCACACCCCUUGCAGGGCAGAUCCAGGGGCAGUUCUCUGCCCCAGCCAGCGUUGGCCUUACUUCUGCCACUCUGCUCAGCCAGAGUGCACUUGGGGAGAGAGCCUUCCCAGGACGGUUUCAUGGACUUCAUGAUGGCAGCCAUGCCUCCCAGAGGCCACACCCUGCCCAGCUGCUGAGCAAGGCAGAUGACCUAAUCACCUCACGACAGCAAUACAGCAGUGAUCAUUCACACUCCUCACCCCAUGGAAGCCAUUAUGAUAGCGAGCACGUGCCGUCGCCCUACAGUGACCACAUCACCUCCCCCCACACAUCUUACUCUGGUGAUAAUAUGGCAGCUACCUUUUCAGCAGAGAUGCCCAUCAUGGCACAGCACUUGCUCCCCACCCAACUUGAGGUGCCACUUGGAGGAGUGGUCAACCCCAGAACUCACUGGGGGAGUCUCCCCGUCAACCUUGGCGAUCCCUCUGCAUUUAGCAACCUCCUUGGCGCGGAUGGACACCUUCUUUCCACCUCCCUCUCCACGCCACCCACCACGUCCAACUCAGAGACCACACAGCCUGCCUUCGCCACCGUUACCCCGAGCAGUUCCAGUGUGCUUCCGGGGUUACCACAGACCAGCUUUAGUGGCAUGGGGCCUUCCGCUGAACUAAUGGCCUCCACCUCUCCCAAGCAGCAGCUCCCGCAGUUCAGUGCAGCCUUCGGCCACCAGCUGAGUUCUCACAGUGGCAUUCCUAAGGACCUGCAGCCCAGCCACAGCUCCAUAGCCCCUCCCACAGGCUUCACUGUAACAGGUGCCACGGCUACAAGUACCAGUAAUGCAUCUCCCCCUUUCCCCACCCCUAACUGAGUGAGCGAGUCUGCUUUCAGGCAGGUGGGACCUGGUGUUUUCUAUCUUUGUUUCCUCUUUUGCACCCUCCUCUUUUCCUACAGAAGAUCUAGAAUCAAGAGUGGGGAUUAGCAGGACCCCUUCCCAAUCAGCAAGCGGCCGCGCGGCGACCUGUGUCAGUGUUCACGUGUGCUCCUCAGCACUGGUGCUCCCCCUCCUGGCGGGUCCUCUCGGCCUGGUGGUUCCUCUGGUGGCGCAGCACAGUGACCGGAUAGGGUUGCAGUGGAAGAUACCUCAGAUUACCAGUGCCCUUUACUGUUUGCUCCUGUUGAGAUCAGUGCGUUCCCUCUCCAGCCAGGUUUUUCAGAGGUUGGUGUGGACGGAGUGUUCUGUUGAGAGCCUGUGGAGCAGGUGGUGUGCGGGGGGGGGGGGGCAAAUCAGAACUCUGACUCAGCCCCGGCUGCCAAACGCCACAGUGAGGCCUGGGUGCCAUUCCUAAUUGUGAUGUGGUUAACUGAAAAGAACAUUGUCUCUUGACUGCCUGUGAAUGUGUGUUCACCCGUAUAUGUUUCGUGCAGUGCAGGAAGUAGCUAACAUGGGUUUUUUGUUGUUGUUGUUUUGGGGUUUUUUUUUUGUCUUUUUCUCUCAAAUAAGCUUUCGGCUCUUUUUUCCCUCCUUCCUUCUCAUACCUAGCAUCGUUUCUGACUGAGUUGACUAAAGCAUCUGAAUAGGAGGGGUGGUAUGGUGGUGGUGACACGGCCCUUUGUCUCUAAUGAUCAGCCUAUGAAGAGAGGAGCCACGAAAGGCUGAGUUCGCGUCAGUGACAGGGAGUGUCGUGACAACCACCCCGCGUGGCUCAGGCUGCUCAGGUCUUUGCCUUUUCCGUGUGUGUUUGUUUCAAAAUCCCUCGCUCAUGGAACACAUUUGCAAGCUGUAAUUAAAAAAUGUUUUGAUGUGGACAAGCAGGCUUGACCAGAUAAACUUGAAAGGCGACAUCUGUGCCCUGCCUGGCCUGUCAUCCGCUCCUAGUUUUUACAUGUUUACAGUUGUGAUUCUUUGGUGAGAUUUGUGAACUGUUGAGGACACAUGUAGAGUCCGUGUACCAGUUGUGAAGUGAUGUGUAAUAUUGGAAGGACACACAUUUUAAAAUUUCUUUCAAAGCAGAAUAUGGAAAUUAGACAUAAAUUUGACUUACCUUAGGUACUUUUUUAAAAUAAUUUAAAUACUUAAGGUGAAGUAAAUUUGGAAAUCUUUUAAAGUAUCAAGGUUUUAGGGUGAACAUCUUGUUGAUUAGUGUGGCAAGUUGGUGACUAUGGAGUGAUGUGUGGGGUUUCUUCUUGCUUGCCUUCCCCUGCAGAGAAGGGUGGACCUUCACUUUCUGAUCUGUUUGCUGAGGUUUCACUGUCCCUUUGAAUACCACUGGGUAUUCACACCUGAGUUCAAUUUAAUCUACAUCUGUAUAUUUCUAAAAAUAAGACAACAUAUCUGUUAAUGAUGUGGUACAGUAAUUCUUUUGUCAGGGACUGUUUGACCCUAAUCCCGUCCUUCCUGACAAGUGAAGGCUAGGACACCCUUCCUCCUGUGUGCUUUCUUCACGCUCUGCUAUUCCGAGC